CCUGGCCUUCGGGAACGGCGGAGCCCCGUGGGGACGGACACACGGAGGUGCCACCAUCUCGUGGUGCGCCCAGAGGCGCGCGGGGGUGAAAUGCAGCCAGACGGCUGCUGGCGUGAGCUGGGCCUGGAGCCGUAGGCUCGUGAAGGUUGGAGAGCUCUGCGGUCACGGAGCCGCCCCCGCCGUGCACGCGAGCCGUGUCUCCGUGCCACAUCUCCACGGUUCUGGGACGCCUCCGGCGCUUCAGAGGCGCUAAUGAGAGCGGGCGGUGCUUAGCGAGUACUUGGCGAUGAUGGUGCUGCGUGGGCAGUGUCCCCGGUUCCUCCCUGAGGCUGCACUGUCCGCAGUGCCGGCUCUCCGUGUCCCGCGCGGCCUGCGUGGGGCUUUGGUUACCGCGGUACAAGGGCUCAUCGCGGCUCUUCGCUCCCGCCCUGCCUUGUGAUGCUCCCGAAUCUCCGCUGUCAGAGCCCUUGCAGACAUCCCUAGAGGAGCCGCUGGUGCCCGUGUGCUCUGCCGGAGUCCCGCGGAGCAGGAGAGUUCCCUGCUCUCACUCCCCCACUUUCUGGCCGGUGCUCGGCCCGGGGGCCGCGCUGUGGGGUUGGGAUCCCUGCGGUUGGGCAACUGGAUGCUCUGCCCAGGCCAGCACCGACCUCCUUACUCCCUCCUCGGCAGUGGACCAGCAGCAUCAACCGGGCCAAUAAGAUGGCUCUGCUCAGCUGGGUGAGAGAAACGGGCAUCGAGCUGGUGCAGGUGAACGGGCAGCGGCGGUACGGCGGCCCUCCGCCAGGUUGGGUGGGCAGCCCGCCACCCGCCGGCUCCGAGGUGUACAUCGCCAAACUGCCGCGGGACCUGUACGAGGACACGCUCAUCCCGCUCUUCCAGAGCGUGGGACAGCUCUACGAGUUCCGCCUCAUGCUGACCUUCAGCGGGCUCAACCGCGGCUUCGCCUACGCCAAGUACAGCGACCAGUGCAGCGCCGGGAAGGCCAUCGCCGCCCUCAACAACUGGGAGGUGCAGGAGGGCCGCGCCAUCCUGGUGUGCCAGAGCUUCGAGAAGUGCGAGCUGAGCGUGGACGGGCUGCCCACCACGCUGUGCCACAGGGAGCUGGAGGCCCUGCUGCUGGAGGCCACCGAGGGGCUGCUGGGCUUCACGCUGCACGCCAGCCCCAGCCGCAAGGAGGGCAAGGUCGCCGUGCUGACGUACAGCUCGCACCGGGCCGCUGCCUUGGCCAAGAAAGCCCUGGUGGAAGGGAACAUCGGCCUCUUCAAGAAGAAGGUGAAGGUGGAGUGGCUGAAGCCUGAACUGAAGGAGCAGUUGCAGGCGCAUGGGGAGAAGCCGCCCCCCAGCAGCGUGCGGCACCUGGGGAGCCCUGAGCGGGUGCUGCCAUCCUCGGAGCUGCGUGGUGCGCUGGGCCUCCUGGGGGCCCUGUGCCAGCGGCGGCACCUGGGGACCCCCCGCUUUCUCACCAGGUGCGUGCAGGCUGAGCCUGACGGCUGGCAGCGGUACUGGGGCCAAGUGGUGAUCCCGUCCUGCCCCGUGCCCUGCAGCACUUUCCUGUGGGUGCGGGAGGACGCAUCGGGUACCGUGGGGCACAAGAGGAUCAAAGAGGCGGUGGCGCGGCUGGCCCUGGUGAUGCUGGGGUGCUGAGGGUGCGUGUGGGCAGCUGUUGUACCCCAACUAUGAAAUGAACCCGAGCCACCCGACAUCACGGUGUGGAGCGGAGCUGAGCCUAGCAGGGCCGCGUUCCUGUUCGGCCUUGUUUUGAGUUGGUUGGUGUUUGUUUGAGGGCUGUCUGGAGGAUGCGGGCACUGCCCCGUCCCCGCUGGCACUGGUUCUGUUGUGGGCGGCAGGCCUGCCCUGCCUGCUUCCAUGUUUUCCCGUUGAUGAAGUUGUUUUGUGUUGCUGCGGUGCUGCAGGGCUCCUGGGAGGAGCAGCAGCUGUCUGGGAAGGAUGCGAGCUGGGGGGUGCUGGCGGGCUGGCGCUGGGGCCCCCCCUGCCUGCGGCCCUUUUAGUGCCGUGGGGCAGCCAGGGGUCUCAGGGCUGCGUGCGGACGCUGCCCAGAGUCUGGAAGCCAGCAGCCACGUGCCGGCUAUUAAAGGAGCCUGGGAAGCACUGGCGGUGUUCUGUUGUGUUUUGAUGCUGCGGUUUCCCUGGGUGGGUCCGAUCCUGCAGCCAGGCCCACGCUGGGCGGCCCCUGCUGACGUCACCCCAACGUCACCUCUGCACCGAGCUCCUGAGGCGCAGCGCCUGCCACCCGCCCUGGGCCGGCUCUAGCCCAGCGGUUCCUUCGGUUUCACAGAAUGUGUGUGCUUCGGGCCCCGACUGGGGUUCGAUCCCGCGGGCACCCCUGGCCCAUUUUGGGCGUUCCCAUCAUUAUUUGUUUUACCACUUCUGGGACUAGUGCUCUCCAAUAUCUUCAUCGGUGAUAGCGAGUGGGAUUGAGUGGGAUGACACCAAGCUGUGAGGGGCAGUGGACACAGCCGAGGGACGAGAAUGCCAUUCAGAGAGAGCCAGGCAGGCUGAGCAGUGGGCCCAGGAGAACCUCAUGAGGUUCAACAAAGCCGAGCACUCACUCUGGCAGCUGGGUCGUGGCAACCAUCACUGUCAGUACGAGUUGGGGGAUGACAGGAUGGAGCACAGCCCUGCCAAAAAGGACUGCGGGUACUGCUGGAUGGCAGCUGGGCAUGAACCAGCACCGUGCCCUUGUAGCCCAGACAGCCAACUGUACCCUGGCUGCAUCCAAAGCAGCAUGGCCAGCAGGGCAAGGGAGAGGAUCUGCCC